CCGCCGGGGAGGGGAAGGCAGAACGACGGCCAUUACCCAGGCCUGGGCCGUCCGAGUAAAGGCGGGGUUGUGGGUGAGGGCAGCUGAACGGAAGCGGGUUUUGGUGGAGGCAGGCCGGCUCGGCCCGGUUCCGGGUGUCACUUAGUUGGCAACCGAGAAGGGGGGGGGGCUGAGGAGAGAAGAUGGCGUCCGACUUGGAGACUGAGGUCCAGGCUAUUGACAGGAGCUUGUUGGAAUGUUCCGCUGAGGAGACUGCCCUGAAAUGGCUGCAAACGUCUGAUCUUCCUAAAGAAAUAUACAAGCACCUUGCCUAUUAUGUACCCAAAAUUUACUGCAGGGGUCCUAAUCCAGCCCCACAAAGAGAAGAUAUGCUUACACAACAUGUUUUGUUGGGCCCAAUGGAAUGGUAUCUGUGUGGUGAAGACCCUGCAUUUGGUUUUCAGAAACUUGAGCAAUCAAACAAACCUUCACAUCUUUGUGGCCGGGUUUUUAAAGUUGGAGAGCCUACGUACUCUUGCAGAGAUUGUGCAGUUGAUCCAACAUGCGUGUUAUGCAUGGAAUGUUUUCUAGGAAGUGUUCACAGAGAGCAUCGAUACAGGAUGACAACAUCUGGUGGGGGAGGUUUCUGUGACUGCGGUGAUACCGAAGCUUGGAGAGAAGGUCCUUACUGCCAAAAGCAUGAACAUAACAUUUCAGAAACAGAAGAGGAAGAGGAUCCUCUUGUGCAUUUGUCAGAAGAUAUGAUAGCAAAAGUUUAUAAUAUUUUUGCAAUCAUGUUUCAAUAUGCGGUAGAUAUAUUAACAUGGGAAAAAGAAAAUUAUUUGCCACCAGGUUUAGAGACAGUUGAGAAGAGUGAUACUUACUACUGCAUGCUUUUUAAUGAUGAAGUUCACACAUAUGAACAGGUUAUUUACACUCUUCAAAAAGCUGUCAGCUGUACACAAAAGGAGGCCAUUGGCUUCGCAACAACUGUAGACAGAGAUGGACGCAGGUCAGUUCGAUAUGGAGAUUUUCAGUACUGUGAUCAAGCCAAAUCAGUGAUAGUGAGAAGUACCAGUCGCCAGACUAAGCCACUGAAGGUUCAAGUUAUGCAUUCAGCUAUCGUUGCCCAUCAGAGCUUUGGUUUGAAGCUUCUAACUUGGCUGGGUAAUAUUAUUGGAUAUUCAGAUGGCCUUCGAAGAAUAUUGUGUCAAGUUGGCUUACAGGAAGGACCAGAAGGAGAAAAUUCUUCUCUUGUGGAUAAACUGAUGUUGUCUGAUUCUAAACUCUGGAAAGGAGCUAGAAGUGUGUAUCAUCAGUUAUUCAUGAGCAGCCUACUGAUGGAUUUGAAGUACAAGAAACUUUUUGCUAUCCGGUUUGCAAGAAAUUAUCGGCAGUUGCAGAGAGAUUUUAUGGAGGAUGAUCACGAGCGGCCAGUGUCGGUGACUGCUCUCUCUGUUCAACUCUUCACUGUGCCUACUCUGGCUCGAAUGUUAAUCAUAGAAGAGAACCUUUUGACUACUAUUAUCUCAACAUUUAUGGACCACUUGCGACAUCGAGAUAUACAGGGCAGGUUUCAAUUCGAACGGUAUACUGCGCUACAAGCUUUCAAAUUCAGACGAGUCCAAAGCCUGAUUCUGGAUUUAAAGUAUGUGUUGAUAAGCAAGCCAGUUGAUUGGUCAGAUGAUUUGAGGCAAAGAUUUCUGGAUGGCUUCGAUGGCUUCUUGGAGUUACUGAAGUGUAUGCAGGGUAUGGAUCCAAUAACCCGCCAAGUAGGGCAGCACAUUGAAAUGGAACCAGAGUGGGAAGCAGCAUUCACGUUGCAGAUGAAACUAACACAUGUCAUCUCAAUGAUGCAAGAUUGGUGCGCUUUAGAUGAAAAAGUGCUCAUUGAAGCAUAUAAGAAAUGUUUGACUACACUGAUGCAAUGCCACAGUGGUUUUACUGAUGGAGAGCAACCUAUUGAUCUCAACAUGUGUGGGCAUUCAGUUGAGACUAUCAGAUAUUGUGUUUCUCAAGAAAAAGUGAGCAUUCAUCUACCUGUUUCCCGUUUACUUGCAGGUUUGCAUGUGCUUCUGAGCAAAAGUGAAGUGGCAUACAAAUUUCCAGAACAGCUGCCAAUGAGUGAACUUAGUCCACCUAUGCUGAUAGAACAUCCCUUACGAUGUCUAGUUCUGUGUGGCCAAGUACAUGCUGGCAUGUGGAGGAGAAAUGGAUUCUCACUUGUGAACCAAAUAUACCACUAUCAUAAUGUGAAAUGCAGAAGAGAGAUGUUUGACAAAGAUAUAGUAAUGCUUCAGACAGGUGCAUCCAUGAUGGAUCCAAAUCACUUCCUGAUGAUAAUGCUGAGUCGCUUUGAACUUUAUCAGAUAUUUAGUACUCCAGAUUUUGGCAAAAGAUUCAGUUCUGAAAAUUCCAAUAAGGAUGUGGUUCAACAAAAUAGUACGCUCAUUGAAGAAAUGUUGUACCUAAUUAUAAUUAUUGUUGGAGAGAGAUUUAUCCCCGGUGUUGGUCAAGUCACUGCUACAGAUGAAAUCAAGAGAGAGAUUAUCCAUCAAUUGAGCAUCAGGCCCAUGGCUCACAGUGAAUUAGUAAAAGCAUUGCCUGAAGAUGAGAAUAAAGAGACUGGAAUGGAAAGUGUGAUCGAAGCAGUUGCCUGUUUCAAGAAACCAGGACUAACAGGCAGAGGAUUAUAUGAGCUGAAACCAGAAUGUGCUAAAUAUUUCAACUUAUAUUUUUAUCAUUUUUCAAGGGCAGAGCAAUCUAAGGCAGAGGAAGCCCAAAGGAAACUAAGACGACAAAACCGAGAAGAUACAGCACUCCCACCUCCUGUUCUGCCUCCAUUCUGCCCUCUGUUUGAAAGCCUGAUCAAUAUUCUGCAGUGUGACAUCAUGUUGUGUAUUAUGAGGACAAUCCUGCAAUGGGCAGUAGAGCAUAAUGGCCAUGCCUGGUCAGAGUCUAUGCUUCAAAGGGUUCUGCACUUAAUUGGAAUGGCACUCCAAGAAGAAAAGCAGCACAUUGUGAAUGCUGAUGAAGAUAACGUAGUAACAUUUACCUUCAGUCAGAAGAUCUCAAGGCCUGGUGAGACACCCCGCAAUUCCCCAAGUAUAUUAGCUAUGCUAGAAACUUUGCAAAAUGCACCCCAUCUAGAAGUGCACAAGGACAUGAUCAGAUGGGUACUAAAGACUUUUAAUGCUGUUAAGAAGCUCGGAGAGAAGUCUUCUGCAAGUCCUGUAUCGGAGACUGAGGGAAAUAUUAUUGAAGAGAGCUCACGAGAUAAAGAAAAGGCUGAGAGAAAGCGAAAAGCUGAGAUUGCCAGACUGCGAAGAGAGAAGAUCAUGGCACAGAUGUCUGAGAUGCAGCGACACUUCAUUGAUGAGAACAAAGAACUCUUCCAGCAAACUUUAGACGAACUUGAAACUUCUACCUCCAGAGUGCAUGAAAAUAGUCCUUCAGUUUCAGAUACCAAGCUUACAGCCUUGGGUCCUGAGCAGACUAAAGUGACUGCGCAAAGGCAAGUGGUUACCUGUAUUUUAUGCCAAGAAGAACAGGAGGUUAAAGUGGAUAACAGAGCCAUGGUCCUGGCAGCAUUUGUUCAGAGAUCAACAGUCUUGUCUAAAAAUAGAAAUAAAGUGAUUCCUGAUCCUGAAAAACAUGAUCCAUUGUUCAUGCAUCCAGACCUAUCAUGUGGGACACACACUGGUAGUUGUGGACAUAUUAUGCAUGCUCACUGCUGGCAAAGGUAUUUUGAUGCUGUGCAAGCAAAAGAGCAAAGACGACAACAAAGAUUACGUGUGCAUACAAGUUACGAUGUAGAAAAUGGUGAAUUCCUUUGUCCUCUUUGUGAAUGUUUAAGCAACACAGUCAUUCCACUGCUACGUCCUCCAAGGACUUUAUUUAACAGGUUAGAUUUAAGUCAACAAAAUCUUGCUCAGUGGAUAAGAACAAUAUCUCAGCAAAUCAAAGCGUUGUGUAUGCUUCGAGAUCAAGAAAGUGCUAGUAACCCCUCUUGUAGCAACUCAGAUAAAAUGGAUGAACUACAUCUACCUGAGGGGUUUAGACCAGAGUUCCAACCAAAGAAUCCAUAUUCUGAAAGCAUUAAAGAAAUGCUGAAAACAUUUGGCACCGCAAUGUAUAAAGUGGGCCUGAAGGUUCACCCCAAUGAAGAAGAUCCACGUGUACCUAUAAUGUGCUGGGGCAGUUGUGCAUAUACAGUACAAACAAUAGAACGAAUUUUAGCAGAUGAAGAAAAGCCAUUAUUUGGACAUUUAUCUUGUAGACAGGAUGACUGCCUUACUUCAUUAACUAGGUUUGCAGCUGCACACUGGACGGUUUCUUCACUUUCAACAGUACAGGGUCACUUUUGUAUGCUUUUAUCAUCGCUGGUGCCUAAUGAAAAAAGUGGGAAUCUCGCAUGCAUUCUUGAUAUCGACAUGUUUCAUUUAUUGGUAUGCUUGGUGCUUUCUUUCCCCGCAGUACACAGUCAGGAUUUUUCAGGAGUUAGUCAUGGUACUGGAGAUAUUCAUAUCUUCCACCUUGUUACUAUGGCACAUAUCGUACAAAUAAUGCUUACCUCGUCCACAGAAGAAAAUGGCAUGGACCAAGAAAACCCUGCUGGUGAAGAAGAAUCAGUCCUUGCUUUGCAUAAAUGUCUUGGCCAGUAUGCAGGAAGUACCUUGAAAGAAAUUUCUUCUGGAUGGCAUCUAUGGAGAAGUAUAAAAGCUGGGAUCAUGCCUUUUCUGAGGUGCUCUGCUAUGUUCUUCCACUAUUUAAAUGGUGUUCCAGUACCACCAGAGUUGCAAGUCAGCGGGGCAAACCAGUUUGAACACUUGUGUAGCUAUCUCUCUUUGCCAAACAACCUCAUUUGCCUUUUUCAAGAGAACAGCAAAAUUAUAAAUAUGCUAAUAGAAAGCUGGUGUAAUAAUGAUGAACUGAAAAGAUACCUGCAGGGUCAGAGACAAGCCAUAAGCUAUCCACGAGAAUCUAACAAAUUAAUAGACCUUCCUGAUGAUUACAGUUGCCUCAUCAAUCAAGCUUCUAACUUUUCGUGUCCAAAGUCAGGUGGUGAUAAAAGUAGAGCACCAACAUUAUGCCUUGUAUGUGGGACCAUGUUGUGUUCUCAAAGCUACUGUUGUCAAACAGAGUUAGAAGGAGAAGACGUAGGAGCCUGUACUGCACAUACAUUUAUCUGUGGCUCUGGAGUGGGAAUUUUUCUCAGAGUCCGAGAGUGUCAAGUGCUAUUCCUAGCUGGAAAAACAAAGGGCUGCUUCUAUGCUCCUCCCUAUCUUGAUGACUACGGAGAAACUGAUCAGGGACUCAGACGUGGGAAUCCGUUACAUCUGUGUAGAGAGCGAUUUAAAAAGAUUCAAAAACUCUGGCAACAGCACAGCAUUACGGAAGAAAUAGGGCAUGCACAAGAAGCAAAUCAAACUUUAGUAGGCAUUGACUGGCAGCAUUUAUAGCUAACUAUUUCUGAAGAUUGGAACCUUCCUGAUCAUUCUUUUAUAAUACAGCGAAAUUUGUCAAGCAGAAGGAGGAUUAGAAGACAAAGGACUGAAGUAAUAAAGAGAAGAAUUUAGUUAUUUUAUUAACUUUUCCAUGUUUGUAUAUUUCCUGGUUUCCAUAACCAUGUAAACUUUUCUGUUUAGCAGGUUUGAGCAAUAGUAUUAUUUGCUUCCUACUGUGCUUCCUUCAUACACAACCUGUUGAUUUCUGUAACUUGGGCUAGUGAAUUUACGUUUCUGGUACUAAAGUGGACAUCUUCUGAAAUCUUUUUUGAUACCUUAGAGGAGGAAAAACUGCUGAAAUGGCAACUAGACAGAGCACAAUGUAGAAGUGGUAUGUUUGCCCUUUUGUAGUAAAUCUGAGCCAUUUUGCAUUUUAGUAAAACUGUUCUGUACUUGGAAUGACAUAGGGGUGCACAAUGUAGCAAUGGAUUUAUAUAUGAGUGCAUAAGAACACUCAUUGUAUCUAAAAUGAAUUUGUAAUCUGAAGCUUUGCAGGGCCCUUUUGCCUUUGUAUUUCUUCUUAUAAGAAAGAGAACACUUUAAUAAGGAAAAUUAACUUAAAUAUCUUUUUUGAAAUCUUGCACUCUUUGGAAUUAUUGUAUGGAUUGUGAUAUUGACAUAAUGGGCAAAAACAAAACUGUUUUCCCCAGGUAGCAUGCCAUCACUUGGGUUAUAGCUCCACCUUUGAAGGCAAGAAUGCAAAGGAGUCAAGACCGUAGCUGCCCCUUCCAGUCCCACUCCAGUUCAUUCUUGCCUUCAUCCGAGGCUGUUCCCUUGUGUACUCUUUACUCCUUACUGUAGUGAGUGUGGGUCUGUGUGUUUAGUGAGUUUUGGUCAGUACGUUUAGGAUUGUGUGUAGAGAGCUUGAUGUGGGGAGUGUGAGAGAGUGUUUGUUUUUGUUUGUUUUGUGAGGGGAAUUUUUUAUUUGUCAUCUUCCAUGUUGAAAAGGUUGACAUUCUGCUUUGUUGAGUUGAGAUAUUGAGAUAGUAACAUCACUCAUUGGAGAAGUCAUGUGAACAAUAAUUUGAUGACAAAUUCAGAGGGAGAGAAUAAGUGGUUUGGUUUGGUUUUACUUUUGGUGAUUUCAAACAUUCAAAGUUCAGGAUCCAUCUCCCUUUAUACAGUUCUUAUGCUAAAAAUAUAGAAAGCAAAGUAAAAGCCAUGGACAGUCCCCUUAACAAAACAUUUGUGAGUUGCAAAAUUUUGUGGCCAUUAGUUUCCUUCAUUUCUAUUGUCUACAUAGAUUUGUACAUGGCUGGCAUUCUGUAAAGAAAUUUGUCUAUAGUAUAUUUUAUAAGUAUAUUGAAAACACAGAUUUUGCACAUGGGUGCCUGAAGGCAGUGAAUUUUCUAAAUAUAAAAAUCUUCUCCAAGAAAACAAUAUAAAAUAUUUUAGAGAGGUUUCAUUCUAUCUCUUCCAAAUUUCAUUUUUAAAUGACAAAUUACUAUAAUCUAUAAUCUUAGCUAGUUCUGAUUUCAUCUUCAGUGCAGAAAAGCCAUCCCUUGAACAUCCAGUGUGCUUGCAAUUAGUGCAAGUUUGGAUUUUUUUUAGUGAUCUGACACAUCAGGUAGUGUUCACAGCAGCUUUCUAUAGGCCAGAAUAAUUACAGUUAAUACAUAAAACACAAAAAGCUAUACCAGCUUGGAUUCCUCUUCUUAAGGAAAGGAAUUUUUGACAGGACAUACUUGUCAAUCUGAUCAGAGUCUUCCUACACGUGUGCUUUAGUAGUUCUUAAGUCUCUCCUCCUUUGCUGAGUGUUGUGUAACUAGCAAGAAAAUAUUCAGUCUUCAUUUUCCCUUUGAUUAGGUUGUGGAUAAAUCUUUGCUGUGCAUGUUACACUUAAUGUAAUGUUGUUUCUUUGGGAUUUUAAAAACUUCUUUUAAGAGGCAUAUAGAAACAGGGCAUUUAAAUUCUGGGUUUUUUUCCUCUCAUGGGUGCAUAGAUAAUUCAAAAAUGGCAAAUAGGAUCUGCUGCCAUUUAACUGAUAGGUUUCUAUAUAAAGUAAAUAUUGAGAGAAUAAGGUAUUUUCCUCUCAGGUACUAUAAUAGUCCGAGAUGGAAGUCAAAUGGGUUGGUGGAAUUAGGACUAUAAGACAUAGGAAAGUGUAUAAUUUAUCCUGGUUUUCUGUAGGAUUGCUCAUUCUUCAACAACCCAUUUUCUCUUCUCUGAUUUUUUCUUUUUGCAUGUAUUUAUGUUCAUUGUAGAAAUGUUUAUAUAACGAGAUUUCAGUAUCAGGGAAUUAAUACCUGUAAUGAAUUGGCUAAAACUUUCAUAUCUGUGGACAACUUGUAAAAAUUGAAAUGUAUCAUAUGUAUAAAAAGUAUAAGAAUAAAUGCUUUAGGUGUUGACAUUCAA